UUGUUCGAUAAAAAUUCAUUGUUUUUAUCGGUGACAAUUGUAUUUAUUACUCAAUAAUUUCGUGAAUAAGAAUUAUAACAGUCCUAAAAAUGUUAAAAUUGAGUGUAGAACAUAAAAAACAUAUGCAAUUAUUGGCAGAACUACCAAUAAAUGUUUUCCAAAGUUGUUGUAAACUAGUCAAUGAUUUUUUUCAUAAAGGGCACAAUUAUAAAGCUUACACAACUGUAGCACACAAGAUCAACAUUGAAUCAGAGAAUAUAAAACAAUGUGUUGAUGGGUUGAUUCAUUUAUUAAUUGAAUGUGUGAAACAUGAGUUGAGUUCUAAAAAAUUUCAAGAAUUUAUUAUUUCACUGGGAUUUGAUGAUAAAAAAGAAGAAUUGCUAAGUAAAUUAUAUACUAGCAAACAAACAACAAUUAAGUCAUCAAUAAAAGAUAUUGGUUUUGAAGUUUUAAAUUAUCAUAAUAUAGAAUGGAGAUUUGAAACACAGGUUGCUUCCAGAUCAAUGUUAACUCAACUAGAGCCUAUAAUAACAAUUGAUCUUGCGUUAAAAAAAAAUACGGACUCUGAUGUAUCAAAGCAUAUUAUUGUACAAUCAGAUCCAACAAAUAUAAUAAAUCUUUCCAGAGAGUUAGAAGUAGCUCUACAGGAAGGUAGAAGUCAGCACAUGCGAAAAAUCCAAAGAAUAGGAAAACAAAUUUAAUAAUAAAAACAAUAUAAACAAUUAUAAAUUGUUAUUUUUCUUACGAUAUGUUAUAAAUUUAACCAUUUUACUUACAUAUAUAUUUUUUUAUAUUCUUAUUGCUAAUAGCAUUGACAUAUCUUUGAAUAGAAAAUGACAGUAAUAUCUUGAUGAAAUUUACAUAUUCUACUUGAGGUAUCUUAUUAUUCAUUUGAAAAAUUCAAAGAAGACCUUUUCUAGACAAACUUUGUUAGUCAUUUAUUAGAAUAUUAAAUUUAUUCAUUUUUUUCGGCUUCCGAGAUCUAUAAAAUCACGAUUCAUAUUAAUUAGAAUUUUAUCAUAUACUAGUCUGUUGAAUAUUAAAAUAUAAAAAUUUGUGAGUUGAUAUUCUUAAUUUUGAUUAAUUUUUUUUAACUGCAGUGUCUGCGUCACGUUUGUGAACUACACAUCAUAAUUUGAAUAAAAAUCACCCAUAUUAUGGCGAAAACUUUGUCAUUAUUUAUUGAAAAUGUGACUGCACAAAAAAUAACAGCCGCUUUUCUUUCUCAAGAUCAAAAUAUAGGACCUCAUGAAGCUCGACAAGGGAUGCGUUUUAACAAUCAAACUGUUGUAGACAAAGUUCCUGACGAUAUGCUUCAUCUAAUCGAUCCUCAUUGGUAUCAAUUUCCACCGAUGAAUCCGUUAUGGCAUUUAAUUUUAGGAAUAGUGAUGGUUAUUAUUGGAAUAAUUGGCUGGUGUGGAAAUGGAGUUGUUGUAUAUGUUUUUUUAAUGACUCCAUCACUCAGAACUCCAAGUAAUCUUCUUGUUGUUAAUUUAGCUUUCUCGGAUUUUUUAAUGAUGGUUAUUAUGUCUCCGCCAAUGGUCAUUAACUGCUGGUACGAAACGUGGAUACUUGGUCCUUUGAUGUGUGACAUUUAUGCAAUGGUUGGUUCUCUUUGUGGUGGAGCAUCUAUUUGGACCAUGACUGCAAUUGCUAUGGAUCGUUAUAAUGUUAUAGUUAAAGGAAUGUCAGGUACCCCAUUUACUAUAAAAAAAGCUUUAUUAGAAAUUCUCUUAAUUUGGUUAUUUGCUGGAAUAUGGACUAUUUUACCGAUAGUUGGAUGGAAUAGAUAUGUUCCAGAAGGAAACAUGACUGCAUGUGGAACUGACUAUUUGACUAAGAAUUGGAUUUCUAAAUCUUACAUUUUGAUUUAUUCAAUCUUUGUUUAUUAUACACCACUUUUUAUUAUCAUCUAUAGUUAUUGGUUUAUUGUAGCGACUGUUGCAGCUCAUGAGAAAGCAAUGAGAGAGCAAGCGAAAAAAAUGAACGUUACGUCUCUUCGUAGUGGUGAACAAGAUUCAACCAGUGCAGAAGCAAAAUUAGCUAAGGUGGCUCUUGUUACAAUAUCACUAUGGUUCAUGGCUUGGACACCGUACUUGGUGAUAAAUUACGCUGGUAUUUUCGAAAGUGCUCAUAUAAGCCCACUUUUUACAAUAUGGGGAUCACUUUUUGCAAAAACAAAUGCAUGCUAUAAUCCAAUCGUAUAUGGAAUAAGUCAUCCAAAAUAUCGGGCUGCAUUAAAAGAGAAAUUGCCAUUUUUAGUGUGCGGGUCUGAUGAAACGGGUAAAAAAAGUGGAAAUGCAUCUGCAACAACUAAUGUCGACAGUCAAUAAUAAUGACUAAAUUACUCAAUAAAUUAUCAAAAAAUAACGUAAUAAAUAAUACAAAGUAGAUAUUAUUGUAGGAAUAAAAUAACCCAAGUAUUUAAGAUUGCCUGAAGGG